AUGGCGUCGUUACACUUUAAGGUGAAGGAGUUUGAUUUUGCAGAGAAGUUGUGGCGGCCAAUUUGUAUCCGAUGGACAGGAGCUGCUCCUGUGUCUGUAUCUGCAUGCAAGCAGCAGCAGCAGCAGCAGCAGCAGCAGCAUUUAAUGGAUCAGCAGCAGCAACAGCAACAACAGCAGCAACAGGAGGAAGGAGAGGAGACACUUGCUGCCUCUACACAAGAAAUAGAGCUACCUAUUGGAGGGUGCCGUGUAGAUAUACCUGAGGGAGAAGGAGAGAGAGAAGUUCAUGUUUUUUGUUCCCUUAAUUAUAAUGGUUUGUUGCGCUUCCCUAGGGCAUGCAUGAAGCAGGUAGAGGCAGCAGCAGAGGAUAAAACAGCAGCAGCAGCAGCAGCUGCUGCUGCAGCAGCAGCAGCAGCGACAGCAACAAAUACACCUUCUCCCGAGGUCCCAGGUGCUGCUGACGCGGAUCAGCAGCAACAGCAGCAGCAGCAGGAGGAAGGUGCAGCAGCAGCAGGAGAUGCAGCAUCAGCUGGUGGUUCCCCAUCAUCAUCUGCAGCAUCAGCUGCAGCCGCCGCCGCAGCAGCAGCAGCAGCAGCAGCAGCAGCAGCAAAAGUAAAGGUUACGGAGCUGCCUAUACACCCCAUUAUGUAUCCUGGUCGUCUUACAGCGGAGAAACUUCGGGUGUAUAGGGAGGUAGAAUUAGAGAUGGAUAACGAGGAUAGAUUGGUUUGGUAUGCUUAUGCUGUUGUUGCUGCUGUUGCUGCUGCUGUUUCUGCUGCAGCUGCUGCUCCUCCUGCAGCACCAAGCGAAGGAGAAGGAAUGGAUGUUGAGGGACAGCCUAGCAGCAGCAAGGGAAAGGAGACAGCUGCUGAUGCUGCAGCAGCAGCAGCAGCAGAAGGAGACAUUAAGGAAGACAUGCAGGAGGAGACAUGCCCAGACCCUUGA